AUGAGUUAUAUGGAAGGUUUGGAAGAAGGUAACCCUUAUGUUGAAGACACUCAUUCAAUUACUGAACAUGAAAAGAAUAAAGUUACUUAUAAGAAAGGCUUACAAGAAGGACUUUUUGUCGAAUAUAGUCAUCCAAUUAUUAAAUUUGAAGAGAAUAAAGUUAUUUAUAUGGAAGACCUAGAAAAAAGAAAAGAAGCAUAUGGAAUAUGUGGAGAAUGUAAUGAACCUGGCACUGGAGAAAAAUGGUGUCAAACUUGUAAUGCUAAAAGAUUGAAGGAAAAUUUUAAAUUUUGGACUAGUGGAAAUAAAAUUAUUGACGAAUUUAUACAGAAAUCACAACUUGAAGCAACACAUUGUACAAAUUGUAUUGAAUGGAUACCUUUUGAAAAAUUUCAUAAUGUUACUUAUAUUACCAAAGGUGGGUUUGGUGAAAUUUAUUCAGCUGAUUUUCCUGAAGGAUUUAUCAAUUGUUGGGAUAUAGAUAAUCAAAAAUGGGAUAAUAUAACGAACAAAAAAUGGGUGCUGAAAAGUUUAGGAAAUAAUAACUUAACUUCCGAAUUUUUAAAUGAGGUCGGUUCUCAUCUUCAGAUUUUUAUUCAAAAUGUUAUUGUAUGCCGUGGAAUAACUCAGGAUCCCAGUACAAAUAAUUACAUGAUGGUUUUAGAUUAUUGUGAUAGAGGGGAUUUGAGAAAUCUUAAUAUAUCCGAAUUAGAUUAUAAAGAAAGAAUUAAUAUUUUAGUAGAAAUUGCAAGAGGCCUAUUAGAAAUUCACAAUGCUGGAAAAGUUCACAAAGAUUUCCAUUCAGGAAAUAUAUUAUUCUAUAGUACGCAUUAUGAUGAACGAGAUAUACAGAGCAGGGAAGGUGAACCGGUUUUUUAUUAUAAUAUACAUGCAUAUAUUAGUGAUUUAGGAUUGUGUCGACCAGUUAAUAAUGAAAAGCUAUCGGAUGAAAUACGUGGAAUAAUACCUUAUAUGGCACCAGAAGUUUUACGUAAUCAACACCCAUAUACAAAAGCAGCAGAUAUUUAUUCAUUCGGAAUAAUAAUGAAUGAAUUUUUAUCUGAAGAAGCUCCUUUUUAUGAUUCUUCUUAUGAUCAUUUACUAAUGGUUGACAUAUGUAAUGGGAUUAGACCAAGGAUUUCUAAAGACAUACCAAAAUUAUUUGCAGGUUUAAUAAAAAGGUGUUGGGACCCCGAAAUAGAAAAUAGACCAACUGCUAAAGAAUUGUUUCUUAUAUUAGCAAAAUGGCAGAUUAAUAUAUUGUCUGAUAGUUUGCAGGAUAAUGAAGAAAACAACGAUAAUAAUAGUACUUGUUACAGCAAUUUUAAAGAUGCUUUAGAAAAUUUUAAGAUUAAUAAGGUUGAAGAUGAUAAAGAUGAUGAAAAUGGCAAAGAUGACAAAGAUGAUGAUUAUGGAGAUGAUAAAGAUGAUAAUAAGGAUAUGGAAGAUAUUUAUCUUGAAAAUAUUGAAGAUACCUACGAAACUAUUGAUUAUGAUGAAAGUGAUUGUGUAGGUUUUUUUAGUGAAAUUUAUAAUCAAAUAAAGGAGUGCGAAAAGAUAAGAGAAAAUAAAUUAAAAGACAAAAAUGAGCUUAAGAAUAUUAAAGCUACAACUUAUUCUCAAGAGACCUAUAGCAGCAGUUUAAUACCAGAAAAUGAAAGUUCUCAAUAUCGAUUAAUUUCAGAUAAUUAUUCAGAUUGUGAAAUUGAUUGA